UCGACAACCGCGAGGAGCAGAAAAGGGGGCUCUUCAUCGAAACGCGACUGUUUUCUCAUUCUCGAAAAACAACAUCCACUCCACUAAUGCCAUGACCGGGUCAGCCGAUGCCGCUGGCCCACUCCGCGUCUCGCAGCGGCGGCCCCUCGCGUGUCGAGAAUGCACCAAGCGGAAAAGAAAGUGCGACAAGCAAAUCCCUUGUUCUAGAUGUCGACGCCUCAAUCUAGAGUGCUCGGUGGAGACUGUGCGACUCCGGCGGAAUACCGUACAACAUGCAUCUGAGAUUCAAUUCUUAGGCUCCAUAUUGGCGGAGCUGGAUUCCGGCUCUGCACAAAAGCUGCCUCAUGUUGCUCAUAGAUUAAAAGAAAGAAUAUCCCAGCUACAGACCGGGAUAUCAACGUCGCCGACCGAUGAGAGUCCCGCGGAGUUGCUGCAAGAGGAUAUCAAGCAACCGGACCAGUUUGACGAAAGGCAGGCACUACGUCGACUGGCCGAAGCCCCGACGGAGAAUACAGAUCCACCUAUUCUUACGGCAAUAGAGCAUCUUGCUUGGGGUCGAAAUUCUGCAGGAUGUUUCCCCCACAGGCGAUGCGCCUGCCAAUACCGUCGAGAUAAUCCGGAGAUGCUAUCGAUGAAUAGCGGGUCUUUCCAAAUACAUGGAUCUGCUUUAGAGUCCUUAGUAUUCGUGCCCAUGUCAAACGACGCCCAAAAGCUCAUCAAAUUUCAUAUUGGCCAUUUGACCUGGCAUCACAAUUGCUUCCAUGGCGAGACAUUCCUAGAACAAUGUGAUUUGUUCUGGAGCACAGGAAGAUGUGACAAUCCGCUCUGGGUUGCACUCUACCUCUCUGUCCUGAGUUGCACGGUCAACUCAAUUCAAAAUAGCAGAAAGCUGAAAAGCCUGCUUGAAGUUGACCUUGAUAGCAUGCAAACUGCACAGCAACUUUUUUCAGCCAUGGUUCAAACAUUGUAUCAUGCGCAUUUCCUAAAUAACCUUUCCAUCUGCUCCGUCCAAGCCAUCGUCAUAUCGACGGAGGUUGCGCACAACCUGGGUCUCAGUCAACUGAACGCAACGAUGUUCAAUGCUGCCGUUCGAAUCGCGGAGUGUUUAGGACUUCACAAAAUCAAAGAUCAUCCGUCUUCGUUGACACAGACCCGAGAUCAAUGGGAAGAACGGGUGGAGCGAGAAGUCGGACGGCGAGUAUGGUGUCAAAUGAUCAUCCAGGACCAUUUUGCUAUACCUUUUACCGACACUUAUAGCAUUUCUCCCCUACAUUAUUCCACCGGCCGCCCUCUGAAUGCGGAUGAGCAGAAUCUCAGCGAGUUGCCCACCAAUAUACCUACCAUCAGUACUUAUGUGCGUGUGCUCGUCGAGCUAGCCGCUCUGAUGCCGGAUCUAGUGGACGGCCUGGGCCCCAUGAGCAAGCGCAAGUCUCGUCGCGAACAAUAUGAACAUAUACUUCACGUGGAUCAGAAGAUGAGAGCCGUUGUCAAAGGUAUUCCAUCUUUCCUUUUGCGAUCCGAUAAGGCCAAAGAGUCAAAGAUUCCGUGGCUUAGCAUUGUCCGUCGAAGCCUGGCUAUUACGGCGGCAGAAAAGAUUAUCAUGAUACACCGACCAUUUCUCUUCCGCUCAUUCCACGAUCCAAACUACGGCCAUUCAAGACGUACCUGUAUUGCAGCUGCGAUGACAAUCCUGCGCGAACAUGAAACAAUUGCCAAGGAGGAGGACCUGUCAAUCUGGACACACACUGCAUUUGCUAUUACCGCUGCCGUCAUUCUAUGCUUCGAGGUGAAUGCUACUGUGGAAAACCCCUCUGAUGGGAAAUUAGAGAUGUACAGAGAGGCUGUUCUUUCUGCACGUGAGCGCCUCGCUUUACGAAAUCAUGAUUUGCUCGCCCAGCGUGGAGUCGCUCUAAUAGACGCAAUUUUGAUUGCUGAAGAGGCCCAUUUUGGAGCUAGAGAAAGGAAACGUGGCGCCCAUAUUGACUUUAAUCGGAUUUUUGCCAACUAUUCAACGUUGAGCAGAGUGAUUCUCAACCCAGAUGACGAUAUGGCGUUUGGCAAGUUGCCUGGUAAUAGCCCAGACGACUUUCGGAGCGUGGAUACCAAUGAGAUGCAGUUCUCUUGGAAUCAGGACGAGGUUGACUUUGAUAUCUGGUUCAAUGGCAUUUUUAACGACCUUCAGCCAUCUCCUUUGGCGUGAAUUCUGAUAGCGUUGUAUACGUCCGAUACCCAAAAUACUUCAAGCGUGGAUGACAAUGAGAAUGUCUAAUUUCAGAUUGUAUUACCAGAUGCUCAUGAAUCAUUAUAAUGGAGCUUAUAUCCACAUGAAUCCGCGGGGAAUCGUAAAAGUCGUAUAACCAGGGGGUUAGUACUAUGCUCCAGAAACAUGCAUAUUGCAAUGCACUCUCCCCUAAUCCUUCCCUCAAUCCAUGGCUGCCACUGCGACAGACAACACAUAAGGCCCAUCCAGUGCGCCAGAAUAAUUAGAGCGGGCGGAUCUUUCUCCCUCAAGAGAUUGACAAAGUCACAAUCUAACCGGCCCAUGAAUGAGGUACAAUGUCCAGAGUUUAGAGCGUCUCGCUCCAAUUUCAAAAGUGAAGUGAGAAUGCGAAGUGGACUGUAGUAAAUGCUGGUUUUAUCCGUUGUCCAGUCGUCGAUCCCGCAAAGAUCCGCUAGAUCCGGAUCAAGGCCUUCACGGCCUUGCUGGAUAUUGUCAAAGAUCUUGUCUUCUUCUUUGCCGAUUCCUGCGAAUGCCGUGCCCCAGAUACUGGAAGGGAUAUAUUGCGAGGCGAGUGUUAAGAUACACCGGAAUCCGCUUUGGAGGCAAAGCCAAUUCAUGGCCUCUGGCUUGUUG